CCGAUUAAGGAAGUGAUGGAUCAGGGUGAACGGGACCCGGGGAAUAACAGGAAAGUAAGUUCAGUGGGGAGCGGGAGAACCGAGCGUUAAUCGACGACGGUGUGAAUAUAAGGGGCUGCGAUAAUACGCGCUGGUGAAUGACGUAGUAACGUCGUCGUCCUAAGGGUGACUGGGAGAUCGCACAGGGGUGGAGGUGCUCCUUCCAUACGGAUCGAUGCAUAGUGCAGUGUGAUCGUGGUGUUUGGUUGUCAUGACAACAGUCAAACUUUUUAUCAUGGAAUAGAGAAGCCCCCGAACAAUUAAGACCUUCGACGAUUUGUUGCACGUCAAGAACUUCUCGCAAGCUCUGAAGAGCCUGAAUCGCUUGAACAAGGAGGGUGAAGCGUUUCUACCCCUCGAGGAUGACGUCACACCACACCCCACCCUGGCCUUGAUGCGCCGGAUUCUCGCCGACGCGCAGGCGAAACUCCGCGUGAUGGUGGACGAGAACGCAGCCACGGGUGCCCGGCUUGACGGUGAGCUGGAGCGAGCACGAGGCGAAUGCGCAACGUUGAGGGGAGAACUUCGCGAAGUCAGGGGUGCCUUGGUCCUGAACAACUCGAGCAGCGGGAACACAAGCACGUUCAGCAGCACCACUGGCGCUAACCUUAAUCCCCCCCAGGACGGCGAGGCGCAAGUACAGGAAGAUCUUAAACGACUUAGCGCCGGAAGCAGCCCCGUUGAUAAGCGAAGCUCAGCCAGCGACAAAUCCGCCAGUCCCAUCGAGAAGAGGGCGAGUCCAGUCGACAAAAAGGAACGCACUAGUCCCAUAGACAGGAGGACGAGUCCCAUAGAGAGGCACAAUAAUGGCUCGCCGUGCCGCAGCCCGAGCGAAAAAAAUCGACGGCCUUGCGCCCCUGCCCUGGAGAAAACGCGGUUGGGUGGUUCGGGCGGGAGCGUAGAUUCGAGAUCUGGAAGCGCCAGUCCUGACCGAGGAUUUUCUACAAGGGGUAGUUUCCUGCACAGAGGGAACAGCGAACGUUCGAGCAUCGAAAGGCUCCGCAUCACCACGGGGCGUGUCGCUAAGGACGUUGCUGAUCAGGACAAAGAAAGAUCAGACAUGGGGGACAGCGACGUGCGUGGUGACGAUGAUGAGCCUCCGGGACCCGCGCCUAGCAGUCGGCCAAACUCCCCGACUAGUUCUCACGGCAUUGUUGGCGAUCCUGUCGUGGCAUCCCGACUCUCAAAUAUCCACGGUGGAAACAGCGGUCCAAUCGAAGUCGCGAGUGCCAGAAGGCUUCGCUUGGAAAACGAGAGGCUGGUGGCGGAAGUGGCGAGAUUAAGGCGGCUCCUCUUGAGUGGCGCGGGUCGAGGCGAGAUCGGCGACGAAGAAGUCGCCCUCGGCGAAGAGGGGCGAGUCGUGGCUUUGGAAAUGGAGCUGCAGCUGGCCCGCGAGGCACUUCAAGUCCUGAAAGCAGAUCGCAAGCGUUUGAAGGCCGAGAAAUUCGAUCUUCUUAAUCAAAUGAAGGAUCUAUACGUGACCCUCGAGGACAAAGAACGAGAGCUUCGCGACUUUAUACGAAACUAUGAACAGCGGAUGCGAGAGAGCGAGGCGACACUUGGCCGUUUGCAGCAACAAGGAGCUCUGGGUGGUGGACCAGGGGACGAGAGAGAGCGAGAGAGAGAGCGGGAGAGAGAGCGAUGGAGUCUCUUGAGAGCGGCGAGGGAUGAAGCGGACCGAAGUCUCAGCUUGGCUGCCAGUCUUGCCGACAAAGAAGCGGCUCUGCUGCACGCCCACGCGACUAUACAAGAGCUCAAGCGACAGCUGAUGGAGAGGGGCGGGAGCGUCGGGACGUGUCUGAGCGAUCAGGAAUCGCUGGUAUCGUUUCCUCGAGGAAGCGUGAAUGGCGCCGCAACUCCAGGUGCUGGGAGCAGCAGCGGAAGUGGUAUCCCGCAUUUGACCUCCCAACAGCCUCUGGGGGUCACGGAAUUAGGGGUAGUUUGCGGCGUGGGCGGGACUGCCGGGGGCGGUGCUGCCGGUGGUGGAGGUCAAGCUGGAGACCGGGGAAGCUGCAGCGCUGACAGCGGGGUGCGAGGUUCCAGCGACCGCGAAAGCGGGGGUGCGACCAGCGUCGGUGGAAAUUUAUCCGACUCGACGACCGACGGGACGCCAACUAUUACUGUUGAAGGGAGUGGUCUCGACAUGGACAACAUCUCCGUGGUGUCUUCGGUUGCGCCACCCCACAUGUAUCAAUCAGCUACCACACCCAAGGAUUGCAGCCCAACUUUGUCACCCUUGAACGCGUUCUCAAGGUCAAUGGACAAUUCCUCGUUGUCUCGGUCGGUGGAACAACUUUCAAGCCCAAUGGAAUCCGAACCCAGAAGGAACAAACAUCCACCUCCCGUUGUCGCACCCUCUGCGCACUCAAGGUCUUCGGCUACGCGGGGAGGACCCUGGGGCUCGAUUUCAAGGGUGUUCACCCGGACACGGCACAGGAAAACGGCUAAUACCAACCCCGGAAACGAGGCAUCGGAGACGUUCGACCCUUACAGAUCGUGGUCCCCUCUGACCGAGGAAGGCUACGCCGAGAAGCUGCGGCUCCUGAGGGAGGCUGCGUCUGUACCCAUGGAAAGAUGGAGAGCACCGACAGUCCUGGCGUGGCUCGAGGUCGCCCUGGGAAUGUCUCAGUACGGACCGCGGUGCGCGGAAAACGUCAAGUCCGGAAAAGUGCUGCUGGAGCUAAACGAUGCCGAGCUAGACGCUGGUCUCGGGGUCACUCAUCCCUUGCACAGGAAGAAGCUGAGGCUGGCGAUCGAGGAACAUCGCCAUCCGAGUUUAGUGCGAUACCCUUGCAUAGCUCAGCUGGGCCACACCUGGGUGAGCUCCGAAUGGUUGCCGGACUUGGGCCUCGCUCAAUACUCGGAGAGCUUCGCGACGAACAUGGUCGACGCCAGGAUGCUGGAUCACCUGAGUAAGAAGGAGCUCGAAAAGUUGCUGGGCGUGACGCGAAAGUCUCAUCAAGCCAGUAUCGUUCACGGCAUUCAUCUGCUCCGCAUGCUGAACUACGAUAGGCAGGCACUGGCGGUUAGGAGACACCAGUGUGAACAGGUGGAUGCAGACCCCUUGGUUUGGACCAAUCAGAGGUUUAUUAGGUGGGCACGAAAUAUCGAUUUGACCGAAUACGCCGAGAACUUGAAAGACUCGGGUGUUCACGGUGCUCUCGUUGUUCUGGAGCCGUCAUUCACAGGCGAGAUGAUGGCCACUGCUCUAGGAAUUCCACCGGCAAAACACAUGAUCCGACGGCAUCUGACAGCCGAACUUGAAGCUUUGGUACUCCCCGCCAGAGGUCAACUGGAGGUCGUCCCCAGGGGAAGCAUCGGGAGCAGACCGGUUAGCACAGUCAGCGCCGGCGGAAGCCUGGGUCGUGGAAACCGAGCUUUUCAUCUCCAGCAUCACCAGAGCUCCCUCUCAGCCCUCCACAUGGCGGCCAACCAUAACAGCAACACGGUCGACCGUCGCCGAUCCAGUUUAAGGUUGUCAUGGAGGAGCUCUCAGGGAUCACUGAGCCGGGCUCUCGGUCUUCGUCCUCGCAGCGAAAAGGCAUCCCCCUCGUCUUCGUCGGACACCGGAAGUCUCGCGAGCCAGUGUCAGUACGUUCACCACGGUAGCAUCGGGAGUCGAGGAUCGUCACCACCACCCCCUCAAUUGCCGCCAAGACCGUCGUCCGGAAAACGGCAUCGUCGAGUCAAAAGCAUCAGCGACAUCGAGUACAUAAGCAGCGUCGCCGUUAGCACCCCCGUCUGACAAGAGGAACAGGCCCGCCAUUCUGGGCCUUACAGAAGUCUCAGCGAGCGUGGCCACUCGCCAAAUUCCCAGUCUUCGCACUACGGCUCCUAUUCCGGAUACGGCAACGUCCUGCAAACCGGAAGCGAGGCCUCGCACUACGCCUCGCCGACUUCCCUCUACGGAUAUCCGCUCCAGAGCACCACCGCCGGCUGCUACUCCCCUCAGAGUCCGGAAACGCACUUGCCACCACGCAUUAGGCAGUACGGAAGCCUUGCCGAGGAGGGAUGGCCUCACCGUUUCCAAAACUAAA